AUGGAGAAAAAGGCAGACGACGCCAGGGAGGCUCCGAAGUUGUCGGAAAUCUUCGAAGAUUCCUGGCGAAUUAAGCAAGAACUGGACAAUGUUGAUAAACCAACAAAUUCGAAAUCUUAUCAGGAUACCCUGCAAAAGGCCAUUAAGAUGCUGGAGCAAGCCACAGUGAUGGUCAGUCAACUGAAUCUGUUCAGCUCCAAUGAGCAGCUUGAGGAACUGCCAACCACAGAUAUAAGGUACUUACUACUACCAGCACUCCUAGGGUGUCUGUCUCUCAAGGUCACCGAGGAGGACAGGUUGACGGUGGUGGAGCGCAGCAAGACGUAUUUCAUCGACUUCCUCCGACGGUGCAGGCAGUAUGGGGUGACGGAAGAGGAGAUUCCUGAGGAUCCAGAGCCCAGACCACACCCACCAAAGGGGCGGCCAGACCUGAUGGCUAUGCAGGCCAACAGAGAGGACAAGAUCCGCCGCUACAAGGAAGCCAAGGAGAUGGAGAAGAGGAUGAAGGCACUGGGUGCUCACGCUGAGAUGAGAAACAAGCCAGAAGAUGUGCAGAGAGAGUACUACGUCCUGUGCUUGAAGAAGUGGGUGGGCACAGCACUGGAGGAGUUAGCCGGUAUCCAGCAGGAGAUGGAAAUACUGCAUCAUAUGGCUAGGAUGAAGUCUAGGCAAGAGCAGGGUACCAACGCAGAGCCCGAACCACCAAAAGAGAAACCCAGACAGCCCAUGAAGCCGUUCAUUCUCACGAGGGACGCCAUACAGGCCCAGGUGUUUGGUGCCGGCUACCCCAGCGUCCCAACAAUGACCCUGGAAGAAUUCUACCAAAAAGAAAUAGCUGAAGGGAAGAUACUUCCAAACUCACAGAACCCAACUCCAGUUAGCCAGAGGGAGGAGGCAGAGAGGAAGGAACAAGAGAAGGAGGAAGCCAUCGAGAGAGACGACCCAGAAGCCCUCAGGAAGGCCAGGGAAUGGGAUGACUUUAAAGACACUCACAAACGUGGCUGCGGCAAUCGGGAGAACAUGGGCUGAAGUUCCAACCACAUUGAUGGGUCGAGGAAAUGACAGGUGUCUACCGAUACGGAAGCCCACUUGCCACUGAUCGGGAAGGACCUCGAAGACGGAAAGUAUCCAAUCUCCCGGUACUUUCCAGUAGAAACCCAUUCAUAUUUGUGAAGCUUUUAUUCCCUUUUAUUUCAACUGAAGAGAAUGAGAAACUCUCGCAAUCCAGCGUCACCUGUGCCAUGAGAACUGAAUGCUGUUACUGUAACUGUGCAUGUAGUGCUUUUGUUUUGCAAGGAACUGCCUUCUCUUCUCGGCUGUAGAGGUCUGUGCUUGACGACUUCUGUCAAUGUCAUUAACAUCCACUUGUGAGAGUGUAUUAGGAGAGAGCAAAUAAAACGGAAUCAUGUCACAAAAUGAGCCAUCAUGUGUAGAUGUUGUUUAGGAAAUUAACACUACCAAGAAACUACAAGGUACUGUAAAGAAAAUACGUUAAAAUUAAAAUCAGCAAAAGAGGAGUAAAAAGAAAGAGCAAAAAGGACUACAGACGAGGAAUUGAACAUUUCACAGUUUAUUCAUCUUUGUUACCUGUUUCAAUUAGUCAUCGCUCCUCAUUUGAGAAAUGUACACGUGUAUUUACUCAUUGCAUAUAGUAUAUCUAUUACUACAUAAUAAAUAAAUGAGAUAAUAUGCCACCCACCCCUACAAGAAAAUUUCUUCAAGUUUUCCUUCACUUUUCAUUUCAAAACCUCUGCUUUGCAGUGAUUUGUGUGGGACAGAAUUGGUUUGUUCUGUACAACGUGUAUAACAGAAGUGAGAACAGCAACUAAUUUCUCUUACUGUGCGACAUUUCUGUACACUAAAUCUAACGGGUUGCAAUGGUUUUCAUUUAAGUAACUGCUGAAACAUUUCCCACCUAACCUGUUCGUCAAUUAGACGUUAUUCAAGGAAAGCCAUUUUAGAUUCUGUUCCGUUCAAAGUCAUCUUUUAAAUGUGGUAGUGCCAGACUGUUUUGCAUUCCAAGCUUCACAUUAAUUUCUUUUAAUAUGUGGCACAAAUUUCAAUUUCUUUUAUCAGCACAAAUUGGUGUGAAUUUUCUAUGAAGUUUUAUCUCAUUGCGAGCAUUUCUACUCCUAGCUUCAAAAAAAAUGAAAAGUUAACUUCACUUUCAAUCUAAUAUGGCUCACUCAAGAAUAAAGUCUACUUCUAAUCUUUGGUCUUCUUUGUUACGACAGAUGGUCAAACAUGCUAAAGAAGUUUUUCCCUAAAAUUUCUCAAUUUCUGGUUGUUCCCCCAGCAUUAUCAGUCAGGAGGCCUGUUCGAACUUUUGAUCACUUGUGUGUCUUGAAACAAAGAGGUAAAUAUAAAUGUGUUUUCCUUGAACUUGGGAUGUGUACUUAAUAUAGCUUGAACUGUCAAUUUA